AUGCAAGCACCUCCGCCUGCCCGUGUAGAUGGCCCGGGGGUCAGGCCCAAGGAAGCAAAAAGAGGGUUUCGACGCUACAGGUGGGAAUUCAAAGACAGCAAUAGAGUAUUCUGGACGAUGGGACACGCCGAAGUUAAGAUCCUGAAUAUAGUCUGCAUGGUGGCUGCACUACAACUCUUCGAAACAGUGGCCACACACCCGAUCCUGAUCCUGCUUCUCACUAUGGAAGUGUCCAUCUUCGCUUUCUUCAUCUUCCUUUACACCUUUGCCAUCGACAGAUACAUGCCCUUCAUCUCCUGGCCUAUCACUGAAAUCCUCAAUGACCUCUUCAUCUUCGUGUUCAUGAUAGGCGGCAUAAUCUUUGCUGCAAAAGUUAGGCGAGUGAUGCCACCGCCCUACAUAGGAGCUGUGAUCCUUAUGGUAAUUAGUGCGAUUUUGGCUCUUGUGGACCUGUAUCUUCAAAAGAAACACCUCAAAGGCAAGAAGAUCCCGAAGUCUGCCGUGGGACACAGAAUCCUCUCUGUACUGAUGGAGACAAUUACCAAAGAAGAAGAGAUGCGAAUCCGAAAGGCAAAUGAGGAGUUUGAGAAUGAAGAAAAGGAGAGGAGGAGGAGGGAGAAGAAGAAGUAA